AUGGCCGACUCAAAAGAUAGCAAGGCGUACAAGUAUCGCCAGGAGAUUAGCCAGAUGAUGUACGUCUCUGGCGAGACGGCUGAACCCCCCGUCGAGACGACGAGCAUCAUUGAGGAUAUUGUCCGCCAACAAGUCAUUGAACUCCUCCGCAACUGCACAGAGCACGCCUCUCGGCGUGGCUCCAAGUCAAUCGGCAUCAACGACCUCAUCUUCCAGAUCCGCCACGACCAGGCCAAGGUGUCGCGUCUGCGCACUUUCCUCUCGUGGAAGGACGUGCGCAAGAACGUCAAGGACUCUGACGACAAGGGCGCCGACGCAGACAUCGCCGCGGGAGACGACCCCGUGGGAGGCGUCGUGGCGGGUGGGGGACCCGUCGACGAGGCAGCCAAGAAGAACAAGAAGGCCAAGGUCGGACUCCCCUGGGAGCCCUCGUCCUACUACAACGUCGAGGUCCCCGAGCGCGAGGAAGAAGAGGAUGAGGAAGAAGAAGAAAUGAACUACAUCACCCUGCAGCGCCUGCGCAAGGCCGACGAGCGGACAAAGGCCAUGACCAAGGAGGAGUACGUCACGUGGUCCGAGUACCGCCAGGCAUCCUUCACCUACCGCAAGGGAAAGCGAUUCCGCGAGUGGGCAGGUUUUGGAAUCGUAACGGACAGCAAGCCAUCGGAUGAUAUUGUCGAUAUCCUCGGCUUCCUCACCUUUGAGAUGGUCCAGACCCUCACCGAGAUGGCCCUCAAGGUCAAGGAGCAGGAGGACCUGGCCAGGGCUCAGACCGGUGCCGGGGCAGGGGCUGGUGGUGAAAACGCUCCCAAGAAGCGGAAGCACGAGGGAGCACUCUUUGACUUUCCCAGCGAGGGCAAGACACCCAUCGAACCUCGUCACGUCCAGGAGGCGUCGCGUCGCCUUCAGCAGAGGCCCAAGAAGUCGAGGGCCAUGCUUAACGGCACCCGCAUCGCCCAGCACACGCCCCUCAACAUCUUCUAG